AUCCACUUACAACGUGCUUGAUUUUAAGACAAAAGGAGUAUUAAAAAAGAAUAAAAAACAUUUUUCAAGACUAGUAACAGCUGCUACGUUUUAAUCCGUUCAAUUUUUUUUAUCUCCAGCAAUUCCGAUAAAGUCAUUUUCUAAACGUAUUUUUCAUGAUUGGCGACCCGAUGAAUUCAUUUCCUCAAAAAUAAGGCGAAAAAGUGCAUAACUAUUCGAAAAAUAUCCCUAAUUACAAUUUUCUUGCCAGUUACUACAGAAAAGAACUUGAGCGCGGAAAGUAAACAUGAUUUUGGUGCCAAAUAGCUCUAAUUAGUUUUAUAUCCACUCGAAGUGUUUUUAGUGAGCUUUUUCGCACAAUUACUCUGGCAUUAUAUUUUUCUGGCCGCAGUGUGUUGAUACACUGUAUUUUUGUUCCAGAAAAUGUACAGAUUCUAAGAAAAGAAUAUCUGUUUUGCGUUUGGAUNGUGCUCGAAACAGAGUAUGAAUUUGUGUUUUGAAGCUAUACACAUUGCUCUGAGAACCAGAACGGAGUUCUUAAAAUGCAGUGCGCUUUGCUUACACGGGCGCAUGCUGAAAUUAGAAACACUGCCCUAGUAUUAAAUGGUUUUGUUGUUGAAAGGUGAAUAUGUGUUUUGAUUGAAAAAAUCAUGCUCCAUGGAAAGAGGUAGUUUCUAAGGUAAAAUGAGUGACGUUUGGGAACAAAACCUAUACCAAAGUACGUCCUACUUUUCAUAUAUAUUAAAAAACAAUUAGUGGUUGAUAUAGGAUCACUUGGCAGAAGUCCACUAAAUCUUUACCUUUGGCGUCUUCGGCACUAUAGGGAAAAAAAUCUCGAGAAUUUCUGACUUUUCGUUCGAAUUUUCGACGUGAUGUUUCGCGGCUGAGGGUGGCGCCACCACAUAGCAAAAUUAGUGCCUGUAUAAUUCGGUGAGCACUCUGUUUUGUUUGAAUAAGAAGGGGUAUAUAUAUAUACAUAUCUUUCACAGAAAGAAAUGUAUGGUAUUUAAAAGUCUGAGUUCUGAGCAUGGCAUUUUUCUCCUCAAAUUUCAAUAAUAUUCUGUGGUUUUAUUAUUUGAAAGUGUCAUGCAAAUAUUUAUCUUCAAAAGUGACGUCGCUGAGCAAAUGAGUUCCAUGUCGUUUUAACGAAGCAUUUUAUGGAUGCGCAUCAACAGAGUAUAAAAUAAGUUAGAUGCAUUCUUCCGUUUCAAAAUAUUUUUGAUUAAAAAAUUUACCGACUUGACGGAUUAAAAAGUUGAUUAAAAAAUUUUCUCAAGUCAGACGUGACUUGAGUUGACUUGGAAAUGAGGCAUUUUUGACUUCGCUUGCUCAGCACUGUAUGUGAAAUCACUCUACUUAGAUCUUUAAUAUCAUUUCUUUGCAUUAAAUAUUUGAAAAAAUGCACUUUUAUAAUCAUUUAAGAGACAGCCAAAAUUAGAAGUUAUUCAGAAGAUCCGAAAAACCUUUUGCUGAAGUUAAGUCUGAUUUGACUUGCCCAGCUCUGGUACCACGUUCAUUGAAGCGUAUGAAAAUACAUGUACUCAUAAAUGAGUCUAAUUAAAUAUUGAAUUUUUCUCCAUGGGCUGUAGAGAUCAAAUGGAGAAAUCUGUCUGUAAUCUACUUGCGGGUACUACCGAUAUACAGUCCUCAAGGUAGAGCUUUACAAGAAUACAUAAAAACGGCUAGCUAAGGUUUAUAAUUACAAAAGGUCAUAUUGAACAAAUUGAGAGGUAGCCGAAAUAUGAUCAUCAAGUUUGUACGAAAUCACUUUCGAUAGGGUUUAAUACGAAACCUUUUUCGUUAGUACAAAAAUAGAGGUUUUGUAGCUGAACGCCAGAACCCAGGUUCGUACCAAAUUUAAAAGCUUAUAGAAAUGGUUGCAAUUCUCUUUACCCUUUUAGGUUUCGUACUGAACUAUUUUUUUUGGAGUAUAUAAUAGCAGCUGCUAUUAUCGUUGUUUAUAACGUUUUUUAAUUUCUCUUCUCUUUAUAGUACAAAUAAUGGGUCAAGCUGUAAAACACUUUUCUCAACCACAAGAACUAAUAGAAGAGGAAAGAAAACAACACCAAGAUGAUGAUCUUACAAAACUACCAUCACCUCUUCUUUCUCAACUACCGCGUGAAAUACUUCUGUAUAACAUAUUUUCAUAUUUAACAUAUUUGGAUUUAUGUCAUCUUUCACAAAUUAAUAAAUAUUUUAAAAAUCUAAUUGAAUCAAAAGAUGUGGAUCAUUUACGGCGGCAGGCUAAUAAAACAAAAAUGUUAGCAGAAUCUUAUGAAGUAAAAUAUCUAGAUGUUGAUCGAAUAGUGACGAUUGGUGUUAGAUCAGGUGAGUAUGAUUAUAUUGGGAACGUCCAAGAGAAAAUUUAUCACUCAUUUGGUAAUUUAACUGAAUUAUUACCGAAGAAUCAAAUUCUACGUUUAAGUGAUAAUGGUAAACCAUUAAUUUAUAGUGCCAGCUUUCUAUCCUAUAAAGAUAGAAUCGAUAAUAAUCAAGCAAUAAUCACAGUUCAAUCAAUUAAUGCUGAUGCUUCUGCUGAUAAUAUACGUAAGUUCGAUUUUAAUUGGUUUGCUGGUCAGGCUUUGUGA